AAGCCUUUCAGUUGGCUGGAUUGCUUCCUUCGAACGACCACCACGUUGAUCAGUACUGUUAAGUAUACACCUCUGGAUCCAUGUCAUCCCCAUCACGGCCAGUUAAUAUUGGCAGCCCACGCCAGGCUCAUGCAUUUCAUUCAGGAUCACUAACACCCACUGGCACACCAGACCUCCGUGCUUGGCGGGCACAGUAUACCGGAACACCUCCAGUGCCCAAUAUACCUGCACGAUUUACGCCAGAGAGCUUCACAAGCGGCUCUCCAGGUAUGAACCUGCUUCCGCAAAGCGAAUUCCUAGGCAGAGCCUCUCGUUUAACUUCUGCUGGCGGAAUCAGCCCAGCACGACACUCAAGCUCUGGCACACCUAGAAGCGGUGUUGAUUCCGGUGCUCUUGACCUGGACAACCACCCAGACGAGGAUAAGGCCAGGGUUAUUAGGCGUCAUCUUUUGAUGCGGGAGGAGAGACAGAACCGCGGAGACGCGAACUCAAUAGCUGGCUCAGAAUUAGAUGGGCGUGUCUUCAACGACGAUGCUCCAUCUGUAGGUUCCUCUACCCCACCUCCUGCAACUCUCAGAGAGGAAACGGAGGCAUUUCCGAUACCCUAUGAAGCUCCAGGCGCAGAUAUUACCCAUGACAUUUACAAAUGGCACACCGAUCAGCGUCGCCAGGCUGCACGGCCUCGUGCAUCCUCUUUCUCAGGUUCUGUUGCGCCGUCUGCCCCUGCCUUCGAGCACAUACACGAGCCUGGAGGAUUUAGACGAAACUAUGUUUUGAUGCGCGCGAACGAUCAUGGUGGAGAGGAGCGUCGCCCAACUAAUAACUUCAUCGACUUCCUGUAUAUAUAUGGUCAAUUUGCUGGAGAAGACCUUGAGGAGGAAGAGGAAGACAGGCUUGAAGAUGAAGAAGCCACUAUUCGUGCUGGCCCUUCUCAACUUGACUCGGAGAUCAACGUAGUACUUGAUGAAACAGAACCUUUACUCAAGCCUCGCUCAAGGUCGCGCACAAGACGGAGAGCAGCUUCUAUCAGUCCUCACGGAGAUGCAACAGUCACCCAAGCCGUUCUCAUGCUUCUGAAAGCGUUCGUCGGUACCGGGGUCCUGUUUCUGGGGAAAGCCUUCGCCAAUGGUGGUGUAUUGUUCUCGGUUAUCACGAUUUCUGUGGUGGCGCUCGUUUCCUUAUGGUCCUUCCUACUCCUGGUCAGAACCAAGUUUGUCGUCUCUGGGUCCUUCGGAGAUAUCGGCGGUGCUCUAUAUGGUUCCUGGAUGCGUUAUUUAAUAUUAUCUUCGAUUGUGAUUUCCCAGAUUGGUUUCGUCUCUGCAUACACGAUCUUUGUAGCUGAGAAUCUAAAGGCGUUCGUUCUUGCAGUCACCAAAUGCGAAACGGAUUGGUCUGUGCAAUAUUUCAUCCUUAUGCAACUCGUGAUUUUCCUCCCUCUCGCCCUUGUACGUAAUCUCGCCAAGCUCAGCGUAGCCGCCCUCGUUGCGGAUGCAUUUAUCCUUGCUGGGCUGGUGUACAUAUUUGGUAGUGAGAUGUCGUUCAUUGCAGAGCGGGGUAUCGCCGAAGUGCAGAUGUUCAACCCGAAGGACUUUCCCUUAUUUGUUGGAACUGCCGUAUUUUCCUUCGAGGGUAUUGGUUUGGUUAUCCCUAUUACUGACGCCAUGCGUGAGCCUCGCAAGUUCCCCAAGGUACUAACAGGCGUCAUGAUCGGCUUGCUUUUCCUAUUCGGUGGCGCUGGCGCGUUGUCGUACCUGACUUUUGGUUCGGAUGUGCAGACCGUGGUCUUGGUCAACCUCGACCAAAAAAGCAAACUCACGCAAUCUGUCCAGUUCCUGUACUCGCUCGCCAUCCUCCUAUCUAUACCCCUCCAGUUCUUCCCUGCCGUGCGAAUUCUCGAGAAUGGGCUCUUCGUGCGAAGCGGAAAGCAAGAUCCUCGCGUUAAAUGGCUCAAGAACCUAUUCCGCUUCGGGCUCGUCGCGGUCUCCACUGUCAUUAGCUCGGUUGGCGCCGCGGACCUAGACAAGUUCGUCUCUCUGAUCGGUAGCUUUGCUUGUGUUCCUUUGUGUUUUGUAUACCCUGCCAUGCUGCACUACAAGGCUGUUGCUAAGACGCGCACGGAGAAGAUCGGGGAUAUCGUUCUUGGCGUAGCUGGUAUGGCCGCAAUGAUAUACACCACUGCGCUGACUGUCCAGCUGAUGGCAGAACCUCAAGCACCUGCUACCAUUAUUGAUGCGUGUUGAACGUCAAGAGACUAUAUUGUGAUGUCAUCUGCAAAUGAAUGAUGGACGCCCAUGGCUGAUGAGGGGGGGUUAAUGAAUCCUUUACCGUUAGCACAGACUCUUGUUCUAAUAACGUGAUGUUCUGCGUACGCCAGAUAUCAUUUCAUGUUUACAUCUUUAAACGACUGUGGGAAGCUAAUCUAGGGUUGUUGCAGACAUGCACCAUGCACCAUUCUUCUAGGUGAAAGUUCUGUUUGAUCCACGACUUUGUUGUGGGUUGGACACGCAGUCACUCGCUUGAUCGCUGUGUACAUAACCAGUGACUGAUAUGCUAGUCGAACCGAGGUCCCGAAGUGUCUAUCUUGAGAAAGCGCCAGUAUUGAUGAGUACUAAUCCCGUACUUAGAUCGCCCUUUGUUCACUGUUGACAG